GGGAGAGGGAGAGGGAGAGAGGGAGAUGAAGCCCGGUGAGGUUGCCGUAGUAGUCCUUCACACCUUGCAGAGGCUCUUUAAGCUGGACAAUGUUACUCAUAUGGCCAGUGUGGAGCUGUGGGUGCUGGUGACGACGGUGCUGCUGGUGGUGAGGUUCGUCAUCGAUUUCUCUGGGCCGUGGUUUGGGAACCCGCGCAGGAUGUUUAUUGUCCUUACCCUGGAGAUACUGAACCAGAACUUGGUGAUCUACACCAUAGGGCUGAUGCAGCUAUCGGGCACGAGGGUUAACGACUACUUCCAGGUAUGGGCAGUGCUGCUGGUGACCCUGCAGUACAGCGUGAAGAUCGGGCGCCCCUACACCCGGUCCAAGCAGGUGCCAUUACUGGACCUCAUGUCCUCCUUCUGGUCAGCCAAUCUCCUCCGGGUGCAGACCUUCUACCUCCUCAGGAUCCCUCUCUGGUUGAUCUGGUCCCUGAACGCAGUUCGCAUUAUUGUGCUCUUCGUGACAUCCGGUAAAGGCGAGACCAAGAACCAAGAGAGCAUGAGGCUGGUGACUGACUACAUGAGCUACGAGGACAGUCUCACUCCUGUUGAUGGCCAUGGCCAGGAGAAACCAUUCAUGACCGGGUACAAGUAUCUGGUACAUGGCGAGCACCGGGUGCUUCAGGAAGUGCAAGAGGGCCCGCGGGAGGGAAAGAGAUCAGUUUCUUCUUGUUUCAGAAAAAAGAGAACAAAAAGAAGUGAGCGGAGCUACAAGAUUCAGUUGGAUCCAGAUCGAGGCCACAGGCAACAGCUCGUCACCGUAGAGAAGAUAUGGGAUGACACCCGGGAGAGCGGGUUGCUGGGAGGCAGAGCAGAUCCUGCCAACAAGCGCAAGGACCUGUGCCUCUCGUUUGCACUGUACAAGCUGCUGCGCCGUGAAUUCUAUGACCUGCCAAUCCAUGAGCAGUCUAGGCGGGGCGGGAAAGAUAAGAUCCGCAGGCUUGUGUUCGACUACAUCAUCGCGGACCGCGAGAGGGCGUUCCGCGUCACAGGGGUGGAGCUGUCCUUCCUUCAAGAUCUGUUCUACAGCAAGCACGCCACCGUGUUUGCUGGCGGACUCAUGGUUCCUCUCCGGAGCCUGCUGCUGUCUCUGUCCCUCGCUGCGGCGACGGGAUACAUCGCCUACCCUGCCCGAUACAUACCGGAGAGGAUGGAUCCAGCAGACCGGAACAUGAUCACACACGGCGUGUUCAUCACCCGCCUCAUGGUGGCCAUCAUCGUCCUCAAGGAGCUCUUGGAGAUUAUUCUCUAUGUGUUGUCACAGUGGGCCAAGGUUCUGAUGCUGUGCAAGUAUGUGCAGCAUGAGUGCUUGCGGCGGCCAGUGGUGGAGAGGGCGAUGAGCUUCAUGCUCUUCUUUGGCAGCAAAGCCAAGUGGAACCAGACGGUCAGUCAGCAGAACCUUCUAGUUACAUUCCGUGUUCUGAGGCCAGGUGUCCUACCUCCGCUUACAAUGAAGAUGGUACUCUGUCGCGGGGUUGUACAUGGAACAACAGACCUCAAGGAUUACACAAAGGAUGCGCUAUUAUGUUGGCUGAACAAAUUGAAGAAAGAAGGGCUAGAGCUGGAUAACUAUUUCUAUACCGCUUUUGACUCAUCAAAAGAUAAGGUUGAGUGGCAGUGGCAGUGGCAGUGGCUAAGUAACCUUAAGGUAGACACCCACAUCAUACUGGUCUGGCACAUCGCUACCUGCCUCUGUGAGAUCAACUUCUUCGACAAGCAGGUCCAGAAGCUCAAGGUCGUGCGGAGGCCGCGCCCGUUCGUGGGGGAACCAAACGGGGCUCUUGAACAAGAAGAGUCUGAAAAAUUGUUGUCUCAGCAGUACGCAACGGCAGUCACUUUAUCCAACUAUUGUACGUAUCUGGUCAGGAGGGCAUUGGUGCCGGAUAAUGUCCUUGUGGCCGAAAAGGUCAUUGAUGAGGUAAUCCAAGAAAUCGACUACGUUACUUCCAGAGUUAGUCCUAGAGGCUAUAGUCCCAAGGAACAUGAACUGCAAGAUGUGUAUGAUUGCCUUAUGGUGACAGUCGAGAAGCCCUGCGAGAUCCCUUUUCAGUACCAUACCGGCGGAGGGCAUGACACGGAAGUAGGAGGCGAUCAAGACGAUGACGAUAACAAGAUCGCUUAUGAUCAGUACCAUAGCGGCGGAGGGACUGAUACGGAAGUAGGAGGCAAUCAAGACAAUGACGAUGACAAGAUCCCGUAUCUGUACCAUAGUGGCGGAGGGCCUGACAAGGAAGUAGGAGGCGAUCAAGGUGAUGACGAUGACGAUCUCAACAUCAGGUGUUCAUUAACAAAGAUGGGUGCAACGCUUGGGAAACAGCUGACUGAGGUGUAUGCCGGCGACAAGGAGGGCAAAUUAUGGAGGGACCUGGCCAACUUCUGGAUGGGGUUUCUCCUCCACUUGGCAGCCAACACAAGGGCAGCAACGCACAGGAAGCAUCUCGCCGGCGACAGUGAGCUCAUCACACAUCUGUGGGCGCUUCUUUCGCAUGCCGGCUUUCGUGGGAAUGCAAUCGACGGUGAGGCAGGGCCAGACCCGGAGGACAAUCCGGAUUUCAACCAGGAGGUCGCCAACCAACAAUGAAAAGUCUUGCUGGAAUCCUUGCACGACGCGCCUGCUUUCCUGUUGUUAGUCUUUCUUCGUCCUGUCAUUUAUCUUGUUUAUCCGUUCUGUCAUUUAUCCGUUCUGUCAUUUAUCUUGUUAUGAUGCGUGUCUAUUUAUGAUUAACAUUCCCGAUCCGUUUGUUCAGUAAAGAUGUACAAUCGUUAAAUACCACUCCAGAA